AUGCCCCAAUCAAGAGACCAGUUGUACAUUCCAGGCCUUCAACAGCCCCUCCUCCGUCGCAUGGCGACUUUCCCCGUCAUGUUAGCCGCAAUCCCCUUCAACCUCCUAAAGCAAUGGAUUGUACAGAACAUACCUUCAGUCUGGCUCACAUCCCUCCGUGGCCUCAGCGGUAAUCUCUGGGCCAGUAUCCCCGCCGCCAUUACCACCGAGGGGAUUUCCAUAUUUGGCCUCCGUGUCUCGUUCUUCAGUCGACCAUCACUGGCCUUAUUAGACAGUCCAGAGCCACCACCAUCUCUUACCGAGAUGACGAUUCUUUCCGGCUCACUGACAAUUUCGACGGGCGGCAAUUUGUACGACGAAUCUCCAAUCAAGCAUCCUUGGAUCGCGAUCGCCCCGAUGUCCGUCGACGCCGAUACUUAA